GUCGCUUAUUUCGCCAGGUCGUCCGCGCUCUCAUUCCCCUUGGUCCAGCGGUAUUAGUAUAUAUUAGGUCCGAGUGGACAAUUGUGACGCUGUUGAUACAAAUAUGUAACAGCAAAAAUUUUUGGUUUUAGGUUAGGUUAGGUUGUAGGUUUGUAGGUUUUAGGUUUUAGGUUGGUAGGUAGGUUUGUAGGUUUUAGGUUGUUAGGUUGUAGGUUUGUAGGUUGUAGGUUGGUAGGUUGUAGGUAAAUAGGUAAGGUUAGGUCAGGUUUGAUUAUGUUUUUCUUUUAUUUCCAGGACAUAUAAGUAUCAUUUUUUGAUUCAGGAUGUCAAAUAAUGUAAGAAUAUGAAAACUAUCUUUUAACAGUCACUCGGACUUAAUGUAUACUUUUACCGGUCCCGCAAUGGGCAGGAGCCUGGAACGCACUGCAGGAUCACUUCAGCACGCUCGGCAAUGUUCAACAAGGUCUUCCAAACCUAGCUUCGCCUCCGCGCGGAGGGUGAAGGCCUCACCUGCAGGGCGGACAGUCCUCAGUCCUCAGCUGAAUAGACUCUGGGCGGCUCGCGAGUCGGAGCACGCAACGACCGGGGCGGGGGAAUCUCGUUCCGAACCCUGUCUAAAGCCGCCCGCAGGGCAAACUGCUGCUAGAUUGACCAGCGUGCCGAAAAAGUCGGUGACUGUCAUUCGCCGAAAACUUCUGCGGCCGUCCUGCGCCGAAAAAUUCAGCGGCCGCAUGCGCUGAAUUCGGCGCAUGCGAAGUUACGCCGGACGUGCGCUGAAAUUUUCGGUGCAAUACCGCCACUACGCCGGACAUAUUCGGCAUAACGUGCAUUUUUUCCAGUCUGGCCGUAGGUUUGUCUGAUCAUGAAUCAGGGGCAGAGUGCAGUGGAGGAGACUGGACUGAGGCAUUCCCAUUGAGUGUCAAGAUGUCAAGAUGCUUUUGGAUCUGGGAGGUGUUCAAGCUAAUGCGAUAAACUUCAUGGUGAUUUCCUCCCUUUGGACCCUUUAAAAACUGAAGAAAUCAUGAAAACAACAUGAAUGGAAAGAACACAUCAUUCAUCAUUCACCGAGAACACAAUUAGUACCGACUACCUAGGAACCAAUUUGUUUUUGCAUUUUCAACCUGAUUUUCAAUGUCAUUUUUGUCUCUAUAGUGUAUGUUCUCACCAAUCUCCUCUAUUGGGUUGUUUGGUUUCAGGCAUCCCAUUUCAGGGUAUCAAGUUAAACAUCAUCGCCUAAGAAUGCACUAGCACUAUUGUGAUACCAAUUACCAAGUCCAUUGCAUUGUGUUAACUCUGUGUUGAAAAUUGAGCAUUAAGAUGAAGGAAUCCAAGCACAAAGGCAUCGUUCUGUUGUGCCUAUUGUGCUUAAGUGCUGCUUUGGUUGAGUCAUUACCAGACCAGGGCAUUUGGGAUUUCUCUAUAACUCAGCCUGAUGAGUAUGUGGGUGUCUCGAAGAGUCUGUACAAGGGUUCAGACAUAAUUAUUAAAGUAACGUGCGGCUCCGAUCACACCAAUAUCUCGGUCGGAUGGAUGAUACGACAAACACCCUGCUGGAACGAAUACCUCGCCCUGGAAAAUCAGGCCGGGAGGAACAGCAACCUGUCGUACAUAUACGACAACCCGCAGUACCUGCCGAGUGCCGUGCCACAGCCCUACUACAACAGCACCUGGUUCUACGUGUACCCAGAGAGACCCUUCGCCUGCGACGCCGUCGUUCUGCCGGAGGUUAAAAUCAACCCUGAUGAUGGAACGGUGUCUAUUCCGGCGACGUCUACGGACAGCGAUACCGGGGAUGCCCCCAGCACGAAAGCAAAAUCCGGAGACGGGGAGCAGAGCUCUGCAGCAGCCGGGGACGGGGAUCAGAGUGCUGCAGGGACCAGCGGAGGCAACCAGAAAUCUGCAGCGGCCAGCGCCGGUGACCAGAGCGCUAAACCGGCCGGAGACAGCGGCGGAGACGGCAAUAAACAGAAGCCGACCAAGAAAGCCGCGCGCGUGCAGCGAGCGGCGGCCUCUGGCGGCUCGCCGGCCCACCGUCAGAUGCAGGCUCCGGCUGACGGCAUCUUCCUACUGGUGGUACACGUGACCAGUCUGGAGCCGCGCCUGCCGCCCACUCCGCUCAACGUCACAGUACACAUAGAGAUGAAGGCCGACUACGGCUACCUGUCCGCCGCCGACUGGCCCAACUUGCCGUUUUACUCGGUGAUGUGCGCCGUGUACGUGCUGUACGGCCUCGGCUGGCUGGUCGUCUGCGCCAGGCAGUGGAGGGAGCUGCUGCGCAUCCAGUUCUGGAUCGGAGGCGUCAUCGCCAUGGGCAUGCUGGAAAAGGCCGUGUUUCUGGCCGAGUACGAGUCAGUGAACCGCACCGGCCACAGCGUCUGGGGCGCCGUGGUGUUCGCAGAGCUCGUCUCCUGCGCCAAGCGCGCCCUCGCCAGAAUGCUCGUCAUCAUCGUCUCGCUCGGCUUCGGAAUUACAAAACCGCGGCUGGGCCCGCUGCUGCACCGGAUCAUGGCGGUGGGCCUGCUGUUCUUCAUGUUCGCCUCGAUCGAGAGCUGCACGCGCGCGCUGCGCCCCAAGAACGACCUGUCGGGCGGCACGCUGGGCACUUCUGUGGUGCUGGCGCUGCUGGACUCGGGCAUCUGCUGGUGGGUGUUCAGCGCUCUGCUCAACACCACGCGCACACUCAGACUCAGGAGGAACGAGGUGAAGCUGACGCUGUACCGCCACUUCACCAACACGCUGAUCCUGGCCGUGCUGGCCUCGGUCGGCUUCAUGGUCUGGAUGGUGAGGUUCCACCGCACGGCCGGCUGCCUGCGCCAGUGGAAGAACCUAUGGGCCGACGAGGCCUGCUGGCACGUCCUCUUCUCCAUCAUCCUGCUGGUCAUCAUGCUGCUCUGGAGGCCGACCAACAACAACCAGAGGUACGCCUUCACACCUCUGCUGGACGCUGGGGACGAGGACGAAGAAGACGAACUGUUCAGGUCGGACGCCUACCACGACCUCAAGAUGCGCUCCCGAGGACAGAGCUCGCCGGGCGACUCGCACAACCGGCGCUCGCGCAACAACUCGGACGACGACCUCAAGUGGGUCGAGGACAACAUCCCCGCCUCCAUGGAGCCCGCCCUGCCCGCCAUGGACUCAGACGAGGAGGUGAUGCAGGCCAAGUUCGAAAUCAGUAAGAUGCAGUGAUCCCCCGCGUGUGCCGGCCGCUCGCAUUAACCCACCAGGCGGGGGCCGGCUGCAGUAAUUGUGCUGUAUAUUCUUCCUCUGCGGUGAAGAGGGUUGAGCGCACGGAAGUGAGGUGCGUGCGAGGGUCCGAGUGGGCUGUGCGGGCGGUGGUUAGGUCGGGUAAGGGAGAGAGACGUACUGCCGGUGUUGAAUGGGGUGUCCUUCCCGAACGGGUUGGAAAGAUGGAGAGCUCCUUUGGAGUGUCGCCCCAUAUGAGGCGUUUCCUUCAGUGCCGUCUUAUAUGAGACUUAUGGGACGAGAGACUUCGUGAGGCACGGGGCAGUGUGGAGGGAGAUACUGGAUUUUCCAAAUGGGACAGCGAAGCCCGGAGGGUCAGCGACACUGAACGAUAUGCUUUGAGCACGGGACCCACACCACCAGGCUGUCUGUGUAAGACAUCGGCACGGUCCUUACGGAACCAUUACGGACGGUCAGUGACAGUGGAUGAUAUGGCUGGAGCGCCGGACGAUCCGCAUGAGACACGGGACUUCGAAUGAGACACCGGACUGUCACUAUGAGAUAUCGGUACGCUCCUUAUGGAAUAAGAGAGGGUCAGUGACACGGACAAUAUGUUUGGGACACCUGACGGCCCGUAUGAGGCAUUUGACGGUCCAUAUGGGACACUGACUGUCCGGGUGAGACAUCGGACGUCGAUAUCAAACGUUUGACGGUCCGUACGUGAGCUCGGACGAUCUAUUUUGGACAGCGAACGAUCGAUGAUAGCCAAUGAGGCUCUGGACAUGACGAUCGUGACGUGGGACGAAUUUCGAGGGCGUGACGUUGAUUUUCAUCUGCGUUGUAUGUGUUGUGACGUUAUUAUUUAAUUGCUGCUGCACUGGUGUAUAUUGGUAUGGCAAUGUUAUCUUCGUAUCAAGUGUUUGUUGCUUUCAGGAGAGGUGCGUUUGAGAAUAUGCUAAUGCUAUCUGGACGCUUUCCCUCAGGCUUUGUGGAAAAUUGCGUUUGGGUUGCUAGAUUCGUGAAACAUUUUAUUAAUGUUCAAGAUAGCUGUUCGUUUGACACAAUAUAAUAAUCUUAUAUA